GACGACGGAUCUCUCUUGUUCGAAAUCACGUGAUUUACCUCCACCCUCUCUCAUGGGUAGUCACGAUUCGUGAUCUUCUGUGUCGACCAACAACCAUGGGCAAGCUCCAGAUCUCCAUCGAUCGAGGGGGAACAUUUACCGACGCUCUAGGGAGAAUACCCGGCGAGAGAGACGAUAUUGUCGUCAAGCUUCUCUCCCACGACCCAAAUAACUACAAAGAUGCGCCCCGCGAGGCGGUGCGGAGAAUCGUUGAGAUAGCCAGGGGGACAAAGAUUGCCCGAGGCGACAAGAUCGAGACUCACGACAUUGAGUACAUCCGUUUGUCCACGACCGUCGCCACCAAUGCACUACUUGAGCGUAAGGGGGAAAAGCAUGCCCUAGUCACCUCAAAAGGGUUUAAGGACAUCGUACAAAUCGGCAACCAGUCGAGGCCCCGUAUCUUUGAUCUCGCUAUUCGCAAGCCAGAUGUCCUCUACUCAGAUGUGGUCGAGGUGGACGAGAGGGUCACGCUCGUGGGCUACACAUCCGACGUGCAUGCCGACGAGAACAAGAUCAAGUUUGAUGACUCGUCCAGAGUUGUCCGGGCAUACCAAGGCGAAGAUCAGCCUCCGCCCCCACACGGGGCGAAAAGUAAUGUUGCGCCCGAGAUUGUACAAGGUGUCAGCGGAGAAGCCGUAGCUGUGCUCAAGAAGCCCGAUCGCGCCACGAUCAAGAGCGAUCUUCAAAAGCUCUAUGACCAAGGCUACCGAGCGCUGGCAGUCGUUUUGAUGCACAGCUACACGUAUCCGGAACACGAGAAGAUCGUCGAAGAGAUUGCCAAGGAAAUUGGUUUCCAGCACAUCUCGGCCAGUUCUUCACUCAUGCCAAUGAUCAAGCUUGUUCCCCGAGGAACAUCAUCGACCGCCGAUGCCUACCUCACACCGGUUCUUAAAGCAUACAUCGACAGCUUCUUCUCGGGCUUUGAUGCCAGCCUCCGCGAUGGCACUUCAGGGACAAGAGUCGAGUUCAUGAUGUCAGACGGCGGUUUGACGAGCGUCGAGCGCUUCAGUGGGCUAAAGAGCAUCAUCAGUGGGCCUGCCGGUGGCGUCGUGGCCAUGGCGCGCACUGCGUUUGACGACAAGGACGGCAGGCCAGUCGUCUCCAUUGACAUGGGAGGCACCUCGAGCGACGUUGCACGGUAUGCUGGCAGGUAUGAGCAGGUGUUUGAGACGACGCUCGCCGGCGUCACGAUUCAAUCCCCGCAGCUCGAUGUCAAUACAGUCGCCUCGGGUGGUUCGUCGCGCCUCUUCUUCCGUAACGGUCUCUUCUCCGUCGGGCCCGAGUCUGCAUCUGCACACCCUGGACCUGUCUGUUACCGGAAAGGAGGGCCAUUGGCCAUCACCGACGCUAACCUCGUCACGGGUCAUCUCGCCGUCGAGAUGUUUCCCAAGAUCUUUGGCCCCAACGAGGACCAGGGUUUGGACGAGGAGGCGACGAGGAGCGAGUUUGAGAAGCUUCGGAAGCAGAUCAAUGAUGAAACAGGCAAGAACAUGUCCCUCGAUGAAGUCGCACAGGGCUUCAUUCGCGUGGCAAACGAGACCAUGUGCCGCCCCAUCCGAGCUCUGACGGAGGCCAGGGGCUAUUCCACCUCCAAGCACAUCCUUUGCUGUUUCGGCGGUGCUGGCGGGCAGCACGCGUGCGCCCUUGCUCGAUCCCUCGGCAUCACAACGGUGAUGGUGCACUGCUACUCAUCGAUCCUUUCGGCGUACGGUAUGGCUCUGGCCGAUCGUGUAUUUGAGCAGCAAGAACCGUGCUCCGAGACGUGGGGUACCAAGGAGGUCGAACAGCGAGUCGCCGCGAGGGCUGAAGAGCUGCAAAAUCGCGUCAGGAAGGAAUUGGAAGGGCAGGGCUUCCAUGGCGAAAGAUUACAGAUUGAGACGCUCCUCAACCUCCGCUACGAUGGGACCGACACCAGCCUGAUGACGCUGAAACCGGCAGAAGGCUGGGACGUAGAAAAGGUCUUCCUCGACACCUACAAGCAGGAGUUUGGCUUUGUCCUCAAUGAUAAGUCGAUCAUUGUCGACGAUAUCCGGGUGCGAGGCAUCGGCAAAUCGUACGAUGUUGUCGGCGAGUCAGCCCACGCCGAGCAUGAGCGACGACUCAAGGAGUCCGGCAGCUUUGCGCCCGUAUCUCUUGAAGAGAAGGACGUCGUUGUUGCGCGCCGUGACGUUUACUUUGAGCAGACGGGCCGUGUUCAAACGCCCAUCGUCAAGCUCAAGUCAAUUAAGGCUGGCCAUGGCAUUGUGGGACCGGCAAUCCUUGUUGAUGAGACGCAAACAAUUGUCGUGGAGCCGCAGUGCGAGGCUCACGUCCUCGGUUCGACUGUCUUGCUCAACAUCCUGUACGACGGGCAGAAGGGCCUUGUCAAGUAGAUGGCAUUUACGAAGAGGAAACAAGAGUAAUGGAAAUUCGACCAUUCCUGUCUAUGCGGGAGGCUUCGCAAUAAAAUUCUAGACGUCUUUCGUCUGAGUCUGCAGACCGUCGUCCUUCUUUUCGUCUUCGGAGCUGCCGUGCAAGCUAGACUUUUCCAGCGCACUCUGGUCUUCGGCGGGCGAG